GUGCGAAUACGGGUGGAAAAUCAGGUAUUGCCAGGGUAACCGCUGCUCCGUUCAGCUGCACAGUGUUUUUUUCUCUACCUCUUUUCUCCAGAGAUUCUCCGCAGGCAGCAACCGCAAGCGUUAUCGACACAGAAAAGCGACAUGGUUAAGCUGGGCAGUACUCUUGGAGAGAAGGUGGAGAGGGAGCCAUCACUGGAGGAUGGCUUUGACAACAUUCCUCUGAUCACACCUCUGGAGGUUAACCAGCUUCAGAAGCCCUUUCCAGACAAGGUAAUUGUCAAAACAACAACUGAGUAUCAGCUGCAACAGAAGAAAAAGAAGAAGCUGUACGUGCCAAGCAUUAAGAAGCUGAACAUAAACCUUUAUGGGGAAGUGUCAGAGAAGGUCAAGCUCACAGGACUCAUUCUCAUCACCUUGGCUUUCCUUGCAUGUCUCCUGCUGCUGGUUAUGUAUAAAGCUCUUUGGUAUGACCAGCUAAGCUGCCCUGAGGGUUUCGUCUUGAAGCAUAAACACUGUACCCCCGCUGCUCUGGAGAUGUACUACCCAGAGCAAGAAUCUGGCUCGAGAGGCAGCCUGUACACCGCCAUCAGCCACCUCAACCAGGCCAAAAAAGCUCUUCCUGAGCUCUCCUCUCCAUGGCUUCCUGUUAUCAAUGCCCUAAAGGAGGCCCAGAAGGCCAAAGAGGAGGCAGCCCACUCCCAACAGUGAGGGGAUGUUCAGAUGUGACAGAGAAGGAAAGAAGGAAAAGGUGUGGAUAGAUUGGACACUGGAGGAGGUUAGUGUAGGGUCAUGUGAUAUGCUGGCUAUGUUUGUUGUUUAAGAGUGAUCAUGUUAGCAUUUUGAGAUUGUGAAUGAUAGACUGAGACAGUAUGUCUGUGUGCAUGUAUGUAUGUGUGUGAAUAUAAAAGCUGGUAUUGAUGUUGCAAGCAUCCAAGCAAGAUAAGAUAUUUGUCUUUGAAGUGCUGAGUUUGGAGCUGCGAAACUUCUUUAAAUCAGUAACUCUCCAUUGGAAUCUACCUUACUUGUACUUGAUACAAAAACACUUUCAGCUCUUUAGAAACCUUCUCAGUGUAAAAAGUCAAAUGUGGAUUUUCACAUCCUGUUCUUAAAGGGGAAUUCCACAGUUUUUUUUUUUAAUUUCUGCAUAAUUGAAUGUUUGAGAUGUAAUCAAAGUAAGAUUGGCUUGAUGUGAAAUGGUUCAUUGUGGAGCAACUUCCUGACUUUCAUCACAGUAGUGGUAACUGAAACCAGGGGUCACAAUGUCUACAACACAUACAUUGGCCUUUUGUUAAUUAUCAAAAACAACUAGUAAACCUACACGGUUUUAGAUGUAAUGUUGUCAAUGAUGAAAUAGUUACAAAUCUUGAACAAUGGUUUUAACUGGGUACUAUAUUGUCUAAGAACGCCUCACAUGUACUCGCUGCUAUAAAUGCAUUUUUUUUAUUGUUUUAGGCCAAGUCUCAAAACUAUCAUGGCAUGAAUGAGGCAGCACGUUCGUUUAAAAAAAAAUCAUGUGGUAACUUUCUGUGCGGUGGGCUUUAGAAGCAUUAACCUCUUUGUACGCCUGGUUCCCAUCAUCACCACUGUGAAUUCUGACUCAGUACGUUUCUCCACCACAGAGAAUUUCACAUCAAACCACUCUAAAUAACUACAUCUUAACCAUUUAAUUAAAGAGAAAUUUUGAAGAAUCUGUGCAAUUCCCUUUUAAGCCAACUUUAGGCCCACAGCGCUGUUCUUAUUGUGGUAGCUUCAUUUGUUUUCUUCAGUGUUCCUGCUUCAUCAUUCUGUAUAUGAUCCUUUAGGGGCUCUCUUAGUUUAAUGUGAACGUAUCUUAGCUUAGUGGAACAAACUGUGCAUGGCCUGUAAAAUGUGCUCUGGAGAACUGCGGUGCAAAACGUAUAAAGAGCACUCUUCUGACAACAAUGAAAACAAACGAGUUUCUCAGACCAAUUACAUCUAAAUACGUAGCAUAUUCUAAACAUGUUAUAUAACCUAUUCUUCUCAGAAAUGCAUUUUGCUAAAACUCAACCUUUUACCACAAUAUAACUGUGAGAGUUUACAAUUUGCUUUGUGCGUAGACCUACUUUGUUUUACGCACACAUAGUCAUGUUGACAUUUCAGUGUUGAAAUUAAUGUAAAACUAUUUGCUGUUCACAUGGCCGUGUAAAUAGAACAGUGCAAAUGCUGAAUGUAAUGUGAAAAACAAGUGAACAGGAUUUUGAUAUAUAUUUAGAUCUCACGUACAGUGACUUUUUUGCGUUUGUUUGAGUUUGUAUAGACAUUCACAUGAAACACAAACCACCAGCAACCCUAAAAGUAUUAAAUGAAACACAUCCUGACAGAAUAUUUUAAUGAAAAUGUAAAUCCCUGAUUUAGUUGAAUGACUUGUAAACUCUUGAGUGUGUGUAUUCUAAAGAACGUUAUUAUGAAUGUGCUAAUUUAUAUUCAUAUGAUAACCAUCUUUUACCAUUUUCCCCUUUUACCCAUUUUCUUGCUUUUGAUUGUACUAUUCUGUCAUAUAUUUUAUCUUAAAAUGUCAUUUGAUUUAUUUAUUGCUUUUUAUGUACAAGCUUUGGGCAUUUGUUGUAAUUAAUUACUUAUUUGUAUUACGUUUUGAUAUUUAUUUGAUAUUUAACUCAGAAGCUCAUUUUUUAAUUUAUUUUUGUAUACUUUGUGAAGAUUUUUACUGGAAACAGGAAGGUUAGUGUUAAGAUUAUUUAAAGAAGCAGCUCCUGAUGUUAAUCAUCCUACUCUAUGAAGUCAUGUCUGUGUGUGGCAAACUACUGUUACUCAUCAGCUUCAUCUUUCAGAAAUAAAGAUUCCAGUAUUCAGCUCUA